AUCGUCUGCUCGAACAAGCGCAGCACUAGUGGUGCUGCUGGUGGUGGUCGAAAGUUGGUGUUUGCCAUCAGAGGUUUUUCGUGAGGUGGAUUCUCCGACCGAGGCAAAAUGCUGGGAGCUGUUCAGCGCGGUCUUUCGGGCAGUCGCUCGGCUAUACGAUCCUUCUACAGUUAUUCGAGAGAACCGUUCAUGGCCCUCGAUCGUCAGCCCAAAACUGUGAGCGCAGAGGAGGCCCUCAGUGUCGUCAAGUCCGGUGACACAGUUUUCGUUCACGGCGCCGCUGCUACCCCGAGGGUCCUCGUACCAGCCCUCGCAGAACAUGGAAAGAAGGCCGGUCUGAAGGGAGUCACCGUCUGUCACAUCCAUACAGAAGGUGCCGCCGAGUAUAACGAUCCGAGCUUCGACGGGGUCUUCCGGUCCUACUCGUUCUUCACCGGGGCUAAUUGCCGAAAAGCUAUCGCUGAGGGUCGCGGAGAUUUCGUGCCUAUAUUUCUGAAUGAGAUACCUCUCGUCUUCCACCGGAAGAUCAUGCCGGUGGAUGUUGCGCUGGUUUCUGUCAGUCCUCCAGACGACCACGGUUAUUGCUCUCUGGGAACCUCCGUCGACACCGCCAGAGCUGCGCUCAUUCAUGCCAAGCACAUUGUUGGACAGGUCAACAAGAACAUGCCGCGAACUUUCGGAGAUGCCUCGGUUCAUGUUUCUCACUUCGACUCCCUCGUCGAGGGUCACGUUCCGAUGCCGGAGCACAAAGCUGCCGCGUUGACCGACGUUGAAGUGGCUAUUGGAAAACAUAUCGCACAGAAUCUUGUUGAGGAUGGGGCGACCCUGCAGAUGGGUAUCGGAUCGAUUCCCGAUGCUGUAUUGGCACAACUCGGAAACCAUAAAGACCUCGGAGUCCAUUCGGAAAUGUUCUCCGAUGGCGUCGUCGAUCUCAUGGAAACGGGCGCAAUCACCAACAACCACAAAGUCAUUCAUCAGGGCAAGUUGGUAUCGUCAUUCACCAUCGGGACCAAGAAACUCUUCAACUGGAUGCACAAUAACCCGUCGCUCCUCAUGUUGGAUGUCGGCUACACGAACAAUCCUCAAAUCAUCUGCCAGAAUCCUAAAGUGACCGCAAUUAAUUCCUGCAUCGAAGUCGACAUAACUGGACAGGUCGUCUCCGACUCGAUCGGACCCCGAAUCUAUUCCGGCUUCGGAGGACAAGUCGAUUUCCUUCGGGGUGCUGCCAUCUGUCAGGACGGACGCGGAAAACCGAUUCUCGCCAUGCCCUCGCAAACUACGAAGGGAGAGUCGAAGAUCUCUGUCUUCAACAAACUGGGAUCUGGGGUCGUCACGACCAGAGCUCAUGCGCACUACAUCGUAACGGAGCACGGAAUCGCGUCCCUUUUCGGGAAGUCGAUCCGCCAGCGUGCUCACGCCCUCAUCAACAUUGCUCAUCCCAAUCACAGAGAAAGUCUCGAGAAACAAGCAUUCGACAGACUCAAGUGUAUGCCAUCGGCAUAGUUUAGACGAAGCGAGAGAAUUCGAGAGGAAAAUUCUGAGAUUGAAUGACUUCAGAGGUGGGGUGGAGCGAGCAGAACUUCUCUCAUUGAGAAGCUCGUCUUGUUGCAGCGUGGUUUCAAUAUUCCGAUUUUCAAUUGGCCGGCUACUGUACAAACCUGAAGAGAUCGAUUGUAGUGAGAGAAAAUGCGACCGAUUGACUGCGAUGGUAGAGAUCAUGUCUGAGGAUCCCCGUAUCUGAUAGAAGAUUCUAUCCGUAGCAAUAUGCACACAUAGUAACGUUAGGUCUGCAUCGACGGUGUCAGAUCGCGAAUCGGAUCGUUUGUCCAUCCGUCCGACGGCGCAGCGUCUUCUUUAAUUGAGGCAGGGAAGCCAAUCGAACCCGGUUGAUCGAGGACAGAAUAAAAUCACGCUGGUAUGGACAUGACC